AUUCAGAAAACUUGUUAUUGAAAUCUCUACAAGUUUAAAGCUUUUUGUCUCCGUCAGAAAUCCACACAAAAAGGAAAACACCCAUCAAAAUAUGUCUCUAUUGCACUGUAACCAGAUUACCCAGAGUGAAGUUAAUCAGUAACUAUUUUUCGUUUUGGGUCUUAGUCAAAUUUUAGCUCAUAGAAUCUCAAAGCAUCUGACUGGAUUGUUGUUGUGAUUUCUGCAAGUUUAUAGCUUUUGCUCAAUUCUUAAAAAAGUUAAAUACUUUCUUGGUUGCAUUGGAAAACAUGUCAAUGUCGAAGAUGAAAAAUGAGAGCUUUGAUCUACAUGAAGAUGUUAUAGUGAAGAUUCUGUGCCGGUUGCCGGUCAAGUCCUUGAUCCGGUUCACUUGUGUGUCGAAACGGUGGCGUUCUAUUAUCAUUUCUGAUCCUCAAUUUGGCAAGUCUCACCUUCAAGUAGCAUCACAGCAGGGAACCCUCUGUCCAAAAGUCCUCAUCUCCAUCUACCCUACAAUUAAAGCCAUACAAGGUCAAAUACCCUAUCCUUUUAAAGAUGACACGCCUUGGUUACCCUCUCGAUUUCAAUCCUUGGAAGGUUAUUCUUCAGUCAAUAAUCUCACCUUCCCAUCGGAGGAGAAGAGCCAGCGAGUAAUGGCCUCGUGCAAUGGUUUGGUACUUCUAGGUGAAUACUAUAAAAGUUACUUUAAGAACUUGUCUAUCUGGAAUCCAUCAACUGGAUUUUUUCGCAAAAUACCUAGUCCAAGUUUUGGGUUUGAGGUGACAAAAUCAACAGAAAAGAAAAACUACAGAAGCUUUUUAUAUUAUGGUUUUGGUCAAGUGACAGCCACUGACGACUACAAGCCUGUUUUGAUAAAACCCGCCCUUGGUGAUUUUGUGGAUGUUCAUGUCUUCUCACUCAGAGCCAACCUUUGGAAAGUUAUUAAAGCUCCUUCCUCUUCAUGCAUUGGCUGGAUUGACGGACAGGGGAGUCUUUCAAAUGGAGCGAUUCAUUGGGUCAACUAUCCCAUAUAUGGGGUAUCAGACCCAACUAUGGUUGCUUUUGAUUUGGCAGAGGAGGAGUUUAGGCAAGUGCCAUUGCCUGUUUUCAACCAAAAUGAAGAUGGCGUGCAUUUGAGGCAGAUAAAAAUUCAGGUUCUUUUAGGUGGAUGUCUUUGUGUAUGGUCUCAGGAUCUUUAUGGGCAUAGUGAAUUUUGGGUGAUGAGAGAGUAUGGUGUGCCUGAAUCUUGGGUUAAACUCAUUCAAUUUAGUCAAGAUGAUUUACCAAAUGAGUUCACUUCAUGCAGUAGCUGGGAUCCUACUUUUGUUUCAGAAGGUGGUACAAUGUUGAUCAAACUGCUUGACAAGAAGGAGUUGGUCUGGAUUGAAUGCCGUCAAGAAGAGAAUCCGGUAUGCAGUGCCCAAUAUAGAAUUGAAGAGUUUCCUUGGGCGAUAUUUGACGGGACUCUAUAUGAUGAAACUUUAGUUUCACUACCUGAAGGAUUAUGAAGCAUGUGGCCUGAGAACUCGAGUCUUAAAAAACUAAGGAGCAGAACACAAGUGGAGAGGGAUUGCUAUUGUGUACACUUACUGAUGGCUGACUAUAAAGUGGUACGAUUGUUAUCAGUUUGAAGGACUCGAAGCAAAUGAUCAGGAGUGUGUGUCGUGAAGCAAAGAAGCUGCUUGUCAGCGGCGGAUAUAGGCUUGAGAAGGUGCCGUGGUAUGAGCUUUUCUUGACUCGACUCUAUAUGAGGUGACUCUGUUUUCACUACCUGAAUGAUCAUGGUGCAACAAUGUCUACACUGGAGACUCAAUAUGAAAAAGGAAGAAUUGCUGCUAUGUCCUCACAAUCCAAUAAUGGGACAUGAAUUGCUGGGAUUCUAUCAUGACUAGUAUUCUAUUUUGUUUUGAGUAACUUUGGUAUCAAACCCUUCUACUUUGUUUAUGAUUGUUUACCUUCUAUUUCUGAUCCUCAGUUUGGCAAGUCUCACCUUCAAGUAGCAUCACAUCUGGGAACUCUCUGUCGAAAAGUCCUCAUCUCCAUCUACCCUACAAUUAAAACCAUUCCAGGUCAAAUUCCCUAUCCUUUUGAAGAUGACAUGCCUUGGUUACCCUCUCAAUUUCAAUCCUUAGAAGGUUAUUCUUCUGUCAAUAAUUUCACCUUCCCAUCGGAGGAGAAGAGCCAACGAGUAAUGGCCUCGUGCAAUGGCCUGGUACUUCUAGGUGAAUACUAUAAAAGUUCUUUUAAGAACUUGUCUGUCUGGAAUCCCUCAACUGGAUUUUUUUCGCAAAAUACCGAGUCCAAGUUUUGGGUUUGAGGUGACAAAAUCAACAGAAAAGAAAAAGGACCGAAGCUUUUUAUAUUAUGGUUUUGGUCUAGUGUCAGCCACUGACGACUACAAGCUUGUUUUCGUAAAAACUGCCCUCGGUGAUUUUGAUGAUGUUCAUGUGUUCUCACUCAGAGCCAACGUUUGGAAAGUUAUUAUAUCUCCCUUUUCAUUGGCCGGCUGGAAUGACGGACAGGGGACUCUUUCAAAUGGAGCGAUUCAUUGGGUCAACUAUACAAUAGAUGGGAAAAUAGACCCAGCUAUGGUUGCUUUUGAUUUAGCAGAGGAGAAGUUCCGGCAAGUGUCAUUUCCAGUUUUCGACCAAAGUGAAGAUGGCAUGGAUGUGAGAUUUCUAAAAAGUCAGGCUCUUUUAGGAGGAUGCCUUGGUGUAUGGUCUCAGGAUAUUUUAGACCGUAGUGAAAUUUGGGUGAUGAGAGAGUAUGGUGUGCCUGAAUCUUGGGUUAAACUCAGUCAAUUUAGUCGAGAUGAUUUACCAGAUGGUUUCACUUCAUGCAGGUGAGAACCUAGUUUCGUUACAGAAGGUGGUACAGUUAAGAUCAAACGGCUUGACAAGAAGGAGUUGGUCUGGAUUGAAUGCCGUCAAGAAGAGAAUCCUGUCUGCAGUGCCCAAUAUAGAAUUGAGGAGUUUCGGGAGUUUCCUGGGGUGAUAUUUGACGCGAUUGUAUAUGAUGAAACUUUAGUUUCACUACCUGAAUGAUUAUGAAGAAUGUGGCCCGAGGACUCGAGGCCUGAAAAACUAAGGAGCAGAACACAAGUGGAGAGGGAUUGCUAUUAUGUGCACUUACUGAUGUUGGGUUUUUAUGCUUUAACUAUGUAAUUUGGAUUCGCCAUCUUUGUUGUUGAAUUGUUUUUCUGUGUGUUUACUUGAAAUUGAGUUGCCGAAAGUAUAAAGUAUGAAGCAUUAUUAUUACUGUUAGUGAUUGUCUAUGGCUGCUUUUGUAGCCAUAUGAUUCUUCUUGCU